GUGGGGGGCGCGGGGCGCCUGGGCCUUCGUGCAGGCGGUGCCGGUGGCGGCGCCGAGCAGAUGAUGUGAAAAUGACCAUGGCCCAGGCUGGGGCAGUAGUUGCGACUGCAACAGGAGUUCUGCUGUUUCUCCUCUAUGCCUCCAUUCACAAAGUCGAGGAGGGCCACUUGGCUGUGUAUUACAGGGGUGGUGCGUUAUUAACCAACCCAAGUGGACCAGGCUACCACAUCAUGCUCCCAUUCAUUACCACGUUCAAAUCAGUACAGACUACAUUGCAAACUGAUGAAGUGAAAAAUGUGCCUUGUGGGACGAGUGGUGGGGUUAUGAUCUACAUUGACCGAAUAGAAGUUGUGAAUAUGUUAGCUCCAUAUGCAGUGUAUGACAUUGUGAAGAACUACACUGCAGACUAUGAUAAGACCCUCAUCUUCAAUAAAAUUCACCAUGAGCUGAACCAGUUCUGCAGUGCCCACACUCUCCAGGAAGUGUACAUUGAGCUGUUUGAUCAGAUAGAUGAGAAUUUGAAGUUGGCCUUGCAGAAAGAUCUCAAUGUCAUGGCACCAGGUCUCACCAUCCAGGCUGUGCGUGUUACAAAGCCCAAAAUCCCUGAGGCCAUCCGAAGAAAUUUUGAGCUAAUGGAAGCUGAGAAGACCAAACUGCUCAUAGCAGCCCAGAAGCAAAAAGUUGUGGAGAAGGAGGCAGAGACAGAGAGGAAAAAGGCUCUCAUAGAGGCAGAGAAGGCUGCUCAGGUGUCCAAGAUUCAGUAUCAGCAGAAAAUCAUGGAGAAAGAGACGGAGAAGCGUAUUUCUGAGAUUGAAGAUGCUGCUUUCCUAGCGAGAGAAAAGGCGAAGGCUGAUGCAGAUUAUUAUGCUGCUCAGAAAAUGGCAGACUCCAACAAGCUGAAACUCACGCCGGCAUAUCUGGAGCUAGUGAAAUAUCAAGCCAUUGCUGCAAACAGUAAGCUGUAUUUUGGUGACAGCAUCCCCAGCAUGUUUCUGGAUUCCUGUACUUUCAAACAUAUGUGGCAGAGGACUGCACAAGACCCCAGCCUGCCCUUGAAAGAGGCCCCAGAACCCUGUGGGGAAAGCUGCCUUGAAAACGAAGAGAAUGCAGGCUGAUGGAAGAAGUGGAGAGACUUCAGCUGAACAAGAGCUGGAAGAAGGGGAUGCCUGGUCUACACAGAUGUCCUGCCCAGCUGUGCUACAGGGACAGUGCCUGCCAUUCUGCUCUGUGCCAAUGGGAGAGACGCAGUGUGUGCACAGGCAUCCUGAAUGUACCUGGCAAUUGGAUUGAUUUUGUUUUAGCAGCAAAUGUUUCAAGCUCUCUGCCUUUCCCUCUUCUCUCUUCCUAUUUUAAGCUGGUGCUUCCAAAUGAGGGAUGAUCCUGUACUAAACGUACCUAUACUGGAAUAUUAAAGGAUAGGAGCCAGGAAAGCCUACCCUGCAGAAGGUGGUUUGUCAGAAAGCAUGCGUCCUCAUUCCUCUAGGGGCAGGAGAUUUGCUGGAGCCCUGUUUGAGUGCAAGGGUCAUUCUGCUGCUUAUUUUUGAGGCUGGACUGACGCAAUGCUGCCUCUGGCUGGUCACUGACAGGAAAGCCAGUUGCUGAGGCUUCAGGUUGGGAAAUGUGACUGAAGGGGGUGGGGGGUCCCCGUUGUCUCUGCCCAUCUGUCUCCCAGCUGGAGAACAGCACCAGAGGUAUGUUUCAUUGCUGCCUGUAAAAUGUUGAUCUCUAGCCAACCAAGCCAUGCUUUGCUGUGGGCUCCUGUUUGACUGUUCAGAAGCCACCUGCUGGAGUCCUAGCUGGGACAGCUUUGGUUUGAGAGAAACUUUUUAAUAGAACAUAUGUAAUAGAUCCUCAGAUAGGUGUAAUCUUUUCCUCUAGGUGUGUAGUGUAACGCUAAUUCAUUUGAACUUGACACUAGUUUGUCACUAAUGGGCUUCCAUUACUCUCUCUUGUCGAGAGUAAGAACCCCUGCUAGCUUUACUGAGGCUUUUUGCCCUUUGAAGCUUUCUCCCUAGCUAUCUUAUUUGCUGUGGGGAGAGCACAUUGUCCUUUGGGGCUCUGCAGAUUGCUUUUCUCCCCGUGGUCUGAUGGGUUGAAGAGUGCCCAGUAGACAGCAUUAACUGCUGGAAACUAGAGGAUGGAGAUUUGAAAUCUGUUUCUGAUCACAUGUGCCUGUGCUGGUCGUCCCACCUCAAGAAGACUGCCAUCUCCCCACCCAGAUGCAGAGAACGAGAGGGACAGCAGAUGCAGAAAGCCUGGAGCAGCGCUCAGAGCACACAGAGGGGCUCAGCUGGCCAUCCUGAUGCCCACUUCUCAAAGGGAUGCUGGAAUAGUUUAGUCUUUGUUCUGCUUCUCAGCCAAAAACAAGCACUUAUGGCCUUUGCCUGCUCUCUAGCCAAUGCCAGAGCCUGACCUCAGCCAUGCCACCCAGCUGACCCCAUUCUGCAGCAGAGUGGGAGAAUUGGGCAUCUGAGCCACAGGGCCCCAAGGCACCACAGCCUCCCUUCAGAACCAGAAUAUUUCUGUUUCCAGACAGCCGGGGGGAUGGUGGAAUUAAGAGAUUUGUGUCAUUCAAAAUGCAUUUUCCACUGAUGAACUAUUUGGCCAGAGAAUCUUUUAACUUGCCCCAGUUGUAGGCAGAGCUGCACCACGUCUCUGGGUGCUGAUGUUUGCAGAACAGUAAGGGAGGCUGCUUGUUACACCUGCUCUCUGCCUUCCAUGCACCAUCAGAGGCUGGGAGGAGACAGCUGUGUAGCAAAGGUAUGGAUUCUGGCAGGGUCUCCUCUCCUUGUCCUCUGCCUUGUUUUUUUUGGUAUUUAUCUUGCUGUCUUGCCUGCAGUUCCUUUCUUGGUGAUUCGUCUCCUCCUGCCUGCUAGAGAUUAUAAGAGUGUGAGGUGAAUACCAUGGAAGCAAAACAUCUUGGUUCUGCAUAAGGGCACUAGCACUCUUUGCCUCCAAACCAACUGUGACAGGAUGGGAGAAAAGUGGCCCAGAGCCUAUACAUUGAUCCCCACCUGUUGCCUCUGUGUGGACCCCUCUUCCAGCUGGCUAUAGCUGCCUGCCUUGUAGCACUGCUUUCUAUCAAGGCUACCUGCAGAGCUUUCUAAGGUAGGUGUUGAUCUCCUUAAACUGUCAAGUCCUGUCUUCCCUUCUACCCUGGCAGUUUGGGGAGCAGACAUCCCCAGGGAGGAAUGUGCUUGGUCAUCUUUCUUUCUUUUAGAUCCCAAGUAAUAAAAUCUUGCUUUGUUCUCUGCCGUAUUCAGUCCAAAGGUCAAAUCCAAAAAUCUCUCCAACGCACUGACUUGAAAGAGACCUGUUCUUAUUCUCUUGACUAGUUAGAAGGAGGAUGGGUGACAGGAUUAGCACGGUCCCUGCUGCAGACCCUGAUUAAAGGUGCCUUAUCUGUG